CACCCCAGCACGUGACUAUGGCGCGAGCAUCUCAGCGUCUCUGCCCUCAGCGUCCCCCGGCCCCAAGAUGGCUGCCUUUUGGCGUCUUUGGCGCUGUUGAAUGGAGAAAGCUUUAUUGUUCCCUUCGGGCAGGAGUGUUCGUGUCCUCUAUGGCGCUGUCAAUAAAGAACGGCAGUUUGAAUCGGUACUGAACAGGUUUCUCUACCCUUCUCUUACCUUCUGGAGAUGCUACAAUUUUAUCUUCACUGUAGAAUCCGCAAACCCAAACCUCACUCCUUCAGAGACAGGGCUGAUCCUCUCUAGGUGGAGUCUGGAGGGAGAAAGGAAGGAGUUGAGGCUGGAGCAAUACCAUGGAUCUCCCCAAUUACAGCCAGCAGCUGCUGCUGCAGCUCUAUGCCCUGUGCAAGGAGCAGCGGUUCUGUGAUUGCACUAUUUCUAUUGGCAACAUCUACUUCAGGGCCCAUAAGCUUGUCCUGGCAGCGGCCAGCCUCCUGUUUAAAACCUUGCUGGAUAACACAGAUGCCAUCUCCAUCGAUGCGUCAGUGGUGAGCCCCGAGGAGUUUGCCCUCUUGCUAGAAAUGACAUACACUGGCAAGCUCCCCGUGGGCAAGCACAACUUCUCCAAGAUCAUCUCCUUAGCAGACAGCCUGCAGAUGUUUGACGUGGCUGUUGGUUGUAAAAAUCUUCUGACCAACCUUGUAAACUGCUCUGUCCAGGGGCAGGUGGUAAGGGAUAUCUCAGUGCUGUCUUCAGAGGUAGGUGGCAAGGACUCAGAGAAACCUCAAGUAGAAGUCAUUUCUUCUGAAGGUACUGGGGAGCCCUCUUCAUCCCUGGAAGUUUCUACCGUGCCAGCAGGCCCUGAGAAAGCCAAGACCCAGGAAGUAACUCACGUGGCUACCCAAGAGAUAAAUUCAGAUCCUCCUGUUGCUCAGGUGGCUACAGAGAUCACAGGGGUGACUCCUCACACAGCUGAAGUCUGUUCCUCUUCUGUUGAACAGCUCCCAAGUCAGGCAGAGGAAGCCAACACACAAGCAGAGUGUGAGAGGAAGCAGGAGCAGCUGAAUUUCCUGCUAGGACAGGAAAGUGUCUUCUCAAAUGCAGUCUUGCUCACCCAGGACGCACUGAAAAGACUGGAAGGAUGCUCAGAGAUUAAAGGCCCUCAGAAGGAGAUCAUAAUAGAAUGUCUCAAGGAUGACGGAGGAGGCUCAGCGUUCCAGAGAAUCCUGGGCAAAGUGCAUGAUGGGAGCCUGGAUGUGCAGGUGGUCUUGUCUCUGAUGAGACUGUACCAGGAGUCCACACCUGCAGAGAAGGUGUCUCAGUCUCAGCCAGAAGGGAGCACAGGGGAGGGAAAGACCUUGUCUGUUCUGUUACUGGAACACAAAGAGGACCUGAUCCAGUGUGUAACACAGCUCAGACCUAUUGUGGAGUUCCUGGAAACAGCCAAGGAGGAAUUCCUGCCUGUCUCCGAGAAAAGGGUGAUUCUGAACUGCUGUGAGGGCAGAACACCCAAGGAGACGAUAGAGAAUUUGUUGCACAGAAUGACUGAAGAGAAGACCCUGCCUGCCGAGAGCCUGGUAAAACUCCUCCAGGCUGUGAGAACAGCAUUCCCAAACCUGGGCCUCCUGCUGGAGAAUUUACAGAAAGUAGCGGAGUCACCUGGCACCACAGGGCUGGCCAGGGUCACCUGUGAGACUGAACAGACAGAGGGGCCCAGAAGACUGUGCAUUCCAACAGACUGUGUGGAUGGAUCCCACCCUAGCCCUGAGGACUACGGAGCUGAGCUGUUGAGAAAGUAUCAUGAAAACCUGUCUGAGGUUCUCACGGACAACCAGGUGCUGCUAAAGGUGAUCUCGCGUGCGAGGAGCUUAGCCCCUGGAGACAGAGAGGUUAUGGAGACACUCGUGAAACAGGACUCUGGCUCAGGUGGCUUCAGUUCCCUGAUGUCAGCAGCUCUGGAAAGGCAGACUCUCUCUGCAACAGCCAUUUGGCAGCUGCUGCUAGUGGCUCAAGAGACCCAGUCCUGCCCACUGAACCUUCUCUUGGAGGAAGUAGGAAAGGAGCCUGGCGCUGGGGCUUUCUUCCGGGCCGUGACUGCCCCAGAGAGCACUGUGUUGGAAAUAAUCCUGAGGCAUAGCAAGCUGGUCACAGAGGCCAUCCAGCAGACAAUGGAGCUCAAGCACUUUUCUCCAGAGGAUGAGGCCCUGGCUGAGACUGUGAAAGAGGUGAUGCUGAGCAUAUCCUCUGAGACAGUGAGCCCUGAAGCAGCCCUGAGAGCAGUGCUGAGCAAGGACAUGGAGAAAUCUGUCUCAGCCCCUGCAAUCUGUCGCCUCCUAUGUGGUGUCCACAAGUCUUUUCAUGGCCUGCAACCCCUCAUGCAGGAGUUGGCACACGUUGGGUUUCUUACCAAGGAAAACGGAGAGGAGAGGUUGACGGUGAGUGAUAGGUUUCACCCUGGAGUCAAGGACAAAGAGGAGAAAGCAGCCAACGCAGCCAGCAAAGACUGCCAGCCCACGGAACAAAAGGAUCAGGGGGAGCCUGGGUCCGUGCCAGAGCAACAGGAGAAAGACACUUCUGCCUCCCCGGACUCUGCCAAGAAGAGCUUCAUCUGCAAAGCCUGUGACAAGAGCUUCCAUUUCUACUGUCGUCUGAAGGUGCACAUGAAGCGCUGCCGGGUGGCCAAGAGCAAACAGGUGCAGUGCAAGGACAGCAGUGGGACCAGGGACUCAGAGAAGGGGCUGGAGAAGCAGCAGCCGGAGACCCACGGCGUGGGUGGAGAGCCCGACGCCCCCAAGAAGAAGAAGAAGCGGCUGCCUGUGGCGUGUGACCUCUGCGGAAGAGAGUUUGCCCAUGCCUCAGGCAUGCAGUACCACAAGCUGACCGAGCACUUCGACGAGAAACCUUUCUCCUGUGAAGAAUGUGGGGCAAAGUUUGCUGCCAACUCCACCCUAAAGAACCAUCUGCGCCUUCACACUGGGGACCGCCCAUUCAUGUGCAAGCACUGCCUCAUGACCUUCACACAGGCCUCAGCCCUGGCAUACCACACCAAGAAGAAGCACUCAGAAGGGAAAAUGUAUGCAUGCCAGUACUGUGAUGCUGUGUUCGCCCAAUCCAUCGAGCUGUCCCGGCACGUGAGGACGCACACUGGGGACAAGCCAUAUGUCUGCAGGGACUGCGGAAAGGGCUUCCGACAAGCCAAUGGCCUCUCCAUCCACCUGCAUACCUUUCACAACAUAGAAGAUCCUUAUGACUGCAAGAAAUGCAAGAUGAGUUUCCCCACGCUGCAGGAUCACCGGAAGCACAUCCAUGAGGUGCACUCCAAAGAAUACCACCCCUGUCCCACGUGUGGGAAGAUCUUCAGCGCCCCUUCCAUGCUGGAGCGGCACAUGGUGACCCAUGUUGGAGGGAAGCCCUUCAGCUGUGGGAUCUGCAACAAGGCCUAUCAGCAAUUGUCUGGUCUCUGGUACCACAAUCGAACCCACCACCCAGAUGUAUUUGCUGCCCAGAACCAUCGGUCACCCAAGUUCUCAUCGCUGCAGUGCAGCUCCUGUGACAAGACCUUUCCUAACACCAUCGAACACAAGAAGCACGUCAAAGCGGAGCAUGCAGAUCUGAAGUUCCACGAGUGUGACCAGUGUAAGGAGCUCUUCCCCACACCAGCCCUGCUGCAGGUUCACAUCAAGUGCCAGCAUUCAGGGUCGCAGCCAUUCCGGUGCUUGUACUGUGCGGCCACUUUCCGCUUUCCUGGAGCACUGCAGCACCAUGUCUCCACAGAGCACUUCAAGCAGUCAGAAAACACCUUCCCCUGUGAGCUCUGUGGUGAGCUCUUCACUUCCCAGGCCCAGCUUGAUGGCCACUUGGAGUCUGAGCACCCGAAGGUAGUGGGCACUGAGACCCAGGCGACCAGCUCUCAGAUGGUGCAGGUGAUCCAAGCUCCAGAGCCAGCGGCCCCAGCCGAGCAGGUGAUCACGUUAGAGGAGACGCAACUUGCUGGCUCACAGGUGUUUGUGACCUUGCCAGAUUCACAGACCUCUCAGAGCAGCUCUGAGCUUGUGGCAGUGACAGUGGAGGAUCUGCUGGAUGGUACUGUCACCCUGAUCUGUGGUGAGGCCAAGUGAGUACCUACUCCUCCAGUAGAGGGGGACUGGACUGGACCGCAGAGGAAGCUCACAGCCGGCCUGCCUCUGCUCUAGCUGCUGUCCCAAGUGGUGAGCUGUUCGACGCAACUCCACCAUGGUGCUCUCACUUGGAAAUCAGAGGCUUUGUCAUUGUCCUAGGACCCAGUGUCUGAGCCAUCCACUCUGACGCCAGCACUACCGCCUUUGUGGCAGACAGCCUCAAUCCUCCAGGCUGCAGCUCAGGCCUAGAGCCAUCCUAGCCCCCAGGGAAGUCUGGCUUCUGAAAUGAGAGUCUGAAGGAGUAGUGGAUGGGAAUUGGUGGCCAAGGUGGCCUAGGAGAUACAGCGUGCUGGGUAGCCUCAAGAGCAGGGGAGUUACCUGAGCCCGAGCCCACAGAGGGCUUGCAGACACCGCCAGUGCCUCUGCAGUAAAGCACCAACAACCUCCAGAGACGUCUGCUCGGCUUGCCCUUCCCACUCUCCCCAUCCUCUCCUCGGCUCAGGCGCCCCUAGAGCUUGGCUGUAAAGCAGGUGCCGAUGUUAACAACACAGGAAGCUCUCUUUGCCAUUCCGGAUCCCUCCAGUUCUGACCUUCCCAAAACAAAGCUUUGGAGCAUUGCUGCGGGAGGCGCCUUCAUGUGAGGCCAUCCAGCUGCACCUGCUUUUCUGGAUGUUCUUUGUUGCAUUCCUUAUGGAGAGCGACCCUGUGAUCUCGGGCCUUCCAUGCCUUCCAGUAAUCAAGGCUGAAACCUUUCCUCAGCCUGGAGACCUCUUGCUGGCUUCCUCUGGAGCAUGUGAUAAAAUGACCCAGCCCCUGGGGGCAGACCUGUGUCUGCCUGUGGUGGAUGAGAAGUAUCCCAGGUGGCCUCUGUCUCUGCCACUGGCCCACCUGCCUGGUGCAUGGCCUGCUCUCUGGGCUCCCCCUGACUGCAUGUUCACUGCAGAUCGGUGCUCCAUUCAAGUCUGAGCAUCACGGAGCCUUUAUCUUUAGAUCCUGAAAUACAAUCUGGUAAUUGAUGGCUGGCGGAUACGGUUGGAAGUGCAAUUAGAUGGAUGUUGGUUCCUGCUGCUUACAGAGAAGGUUUGCGUUUAUCUUCCUUUCCUAGAACCCAAAGAUAGAAGUGGGGCUAGCACAGUUUUUGCUCAUCAGGCAGGACUCCCUGCCUCCUAGUGUGGCUUGACUCCCUGCAGAGGCGAAUGCCCUGAUUUGGUCACUUGCCUAUAAGCCACCUGCUAUCAGAGAUCAGCCCGUACAAGUGCAACUCACACAUGUGCAGAGAUGAGGGUCAAGUCUUGUUAUGGUGCAGGUGCAUUGCCACCAUGCCUGCACCUGGCUCACUGUGGAGGACGGGGGUAGCGAUUUAACCUACAGCAGUCAGUGUUUCAAGAGCUGCCCCUACACUAGGCACAGGCAGCCCAGGUAAGUUUCCAAGCUGGAUUCCAGCUCUGGCCAGCCUGUCCCAGUCAAGCCCACCCUCCUUGUAUAUGCAGGUUGCUUGAAUUUAUCUGCUAAGGAAUCUUUUCCCUUCUAAAGAAAAUGUUUUCAAAGCCAUUCAGCCUCGGAAACCAAACACUGACCAGAAGAUGGUGCUCAAACAUCAAGACUUCACCUCCCUGAAAGCUCAGUGUUCCCAUACUGCGGCCCUGGCCUGCUGGCUUUCAGACCUAUGGCAACCGACCAGGGGAGCUCUUGAUCUGUAAGUGGUGUGCCGGUCCCUUGGUCCCUCCACAUCAGUAACCCACUGAAAGACAGUGGAAUGGCACAUGCUUCCAGGCUCUGUCAGGAACAACAGUUCAAAAUAAUACAUCCCUGAGAGCCUAUGAGGGGAGAUCAGCCUGAAUACAAAGAGCCAGAAGUUAGAGACCUGAGUGCCAGGCCCUUCCCAGUCUGAAAAAGCCAAUCUCGGGUUUCCUGGGGACCCAGGUGGUGCUCGGGCACGCGCUCCCUUCAGUCACCAGAUGUGUCUGCCGCAGAGAGCCGUAGGGCAGGCAGGCUUGCCGCCCAUCCUUGGGUGCACAGCUCUGGUGCACACACUGGGAGCACCACAGCGCUGGAUCUCACCUAUCAGCGAGUUCUGUUCUGGUGACUGGUGGCCUCUGCUUCAGCUGCCUGACUUUUUAUAGUGACUCCGAAGAAGCCUGGGGAAAGUCUGCCACUGCUGCCCCAGAGACCUGAACUACCGCAGAGGGCAUUGUUAAUGGGCCUCUUUGUCUACAUUGCUUUUACAAUGGAAGUGUGGUUCCAUUUGCCUCCUCCCCAUGAAUAUGUCUGCCUGGCCCUUGGGCAGCAGCCAGAGGAGUCUCCGGGUUCUUUGGAAUUUAUAUAUUUGAGCCAUGGGGAGCACCAGCCCUCCCCAGGGCUCCUGAUUCAGCCACUGAAGAGGGAAGGCAGAUAGAUACCAAGCUGAAGUCUAGUUGGUCCGUCACCAGUGCAUGGACAGCAAGCAGGUGACUGAGGAGCAGAGACCACUGUGAGCAUUUUGGCCAGUGCAACAGACAGAGGUCUUUCUCAACUAUUUUAUAAACUGACUCUUCUGUCUCCAAAGCUCUUUAUUGGAAAAGCUCUGAGUUCCGUCAGUACCCAAGUCUGUGGCCUAAGCUCUAGGCCUGUGUGCUGUGCUGCCCAGUCCAAGGAAGCCUCUGGCUCCUGCUGAUCACAGGGGUGAUGCCUCAGCCUUGUCCCUAGAGUCUGAGUUCCAAUGGUCAGGGCUGAGGAAUGAAAUGAGAAACAGACAUACCAAAUAAGGGGAAAGGAUCUCUAUUCUCUUGGGGAUGGAAUGGCGUGCCUUUAAAUCUCAUGUGCCUGAGAAUCUGUACUGACAAAAGAUGGAGAUACUGACAGCCUCACUUAGAACAGGCAAGUGCUUCUAGGGGACAGAAGUAUUUCUUGUGGAGCUAGAAAGUUAGCCAGUGGUGGUAAUGACACUGGUUUGCUCCAGUAACCUCUCCCAGCCUAGCCUUGUUCUGCAGCACCCUGUAUGUCCCAUCAGAUACUUGGGAGCCUGGAAGAAAAGUGAAAGACAUGGGGCCAAGGGAGUCAGAGGCAGGUUAAUAGUUUUGUUGCUAUGGAAACUUUGGGGGGCACUGAGGACUUAUGCUAAAAACUCAGAAAGAAACUCAAACUUAUUCCAGUCUAACUGGGCCUAUGAAGGAAGAGAGCAGUGCAUUCUUUGGGGACUAUGUUGAGGAAAUCGUUCUUUGGGCUAGUUUACAUGGCCUCCAAGUUGUGACAAUGGUCAUGGUUUCCCUGAGCAAAGCCACCCAUGACCAGGACAACCAGCCCGUGAGAUGUGUAAACUGGACUGCAAGCCUCUCCACUCAACAUGCACUGUGCUUACAAAUAAAGUCUGUACUCUGGAA